AUGGUCCUACGAUGCCAAGAGCGGGAGAGAAGAAAAACAGUACAGUUUUCCUUCCAUAAUGGAGAAGGUGAAAAAACACACAAAGUGUGUCUUGUUGUGGAAAUGAGCAGCAAAUUUUGCGACGCUGACGAAGGAAUCGGCGGCGACUUCACCAGCGGCGGGUGGUGGUUGGUAGUGGCGACGACGACCUGUGUACGAAUAUCGUCGAUGGUGGGGAUCGUCUCAGAAGACGAUGGCGAUGAUACGGUCAACGAAGCUGACCACGCCAAGCGGUUGUUGGGGGACACGUCGGACACCGAUGGUGAGGAGGACGAUGACUCGUGCUCGAGAGUGCUGGCGAACCGCGCGCAAACCGAAAUCGAGCGCCGGAACGAGCGCAACAGUGGAAACCUGUGCAAGCGGUCCUGUUCACCGGGAAAGCGUCGUGGCGGCGGUGGGACCACUUCCGACAGCAAGAGCCUCGACCACAAGUUCAACCGGCUGCUGACGGAGGUGAACGGACUGCGCGAUCAGAUCGGCGAUCGCAUCGAAACGCUCAACCGACGCCUCGCGCAGACGAACCGGCUGUUUCUGACCCACCAGGACUACGGCAAUCGGUCGUCGAAGGCGGGCGACCUGCUGCUCGUCGGCAUUCCGGCCCACGAGGGCGAGAACCUGCGCGAGUGCUUCGUGCGCAUCGCUCGCCGGCUCGGGUACGCCGAGAGCGAGAUCCCGAUGGUGCACAUCAAGCGGUUGGCCACCGGACUCCUCGGCCCACCGUCGUCAGGGUCGUCCGGAACUCCUCCCGGCCAUCCGGCCCGACCCCGACCGACCCACUACAAUCCGGCCGUGCUCGACAAUCUGCUUCGGCCGGGCAGAAAGUCGACGACGACGGGUGGACGCAAACCGGUCACCGCUCCUGCGCCCGCCGUUCAGGUGCUGUUCGUGUUCCGGAACGCACGCAACGAGUUCUACCGGCGCUACCUGGAGCGGGGCAAGACCGGCACCUGCCUGGAGCUGGGCGAACUUGGCUACGAAGGCCCGGGCCGAGUGUACGUCAACGAAAACCUGACCCGCUGCAACCUGACGCUCAAAGCCGAGGCGAUGCGGCUGAAGCGCGACGGCAAGCUCAAGAGCGUGUUCACGGUGAACGGACAGAUCUACGUCAAGCGGACGAUCGACCACCGGCCGGAGCUGGUCACCAGCAGCGUCGAUCUGCUGCUGCUGGACGGCAGCAAGAUGAAAGCGAACAAAGAUUGCUACCCGCGGGUUCUGGAGCACAUCAUCAACACACAGUCACCGCAAGUGCUGUGCAGAGACUACAAGGAGAUCCUUGGCACGCUCGAUGUCAUCUCCACCGAUCCAGAUGAAUCCGUGCGGUUGUACCUGGCCUGCUGGUUGCAGAAAUACUGUGCCAGCUGGUUCAACCGCGAUCAGGACCAGCAGAGCAUAUUCAGCAAAGCCUUCCUCGAGAAGAUCCUGCAGAUUAUCGUCCGUUACCUAACAGACGAGCCGAAUGUUCGCGCAGCGACAUUCGAAUCACUGACGUAUCUGAUCGAGAAGGGCUACCUGGACCGGGACACCACGAUCAAGCUGAACAUCGUCGAGGAGCUGGUCAGCAAGCCGAUCAACGAACAGUUCAUGGACAUGUGCACCAACUACAUCCAUUUAAUGGUAAAGAUAGCUCCGCUGGUUGGAAGCGCCAAGACCCAGGAACUACUGUAUGCCCGCUUCGUGAAAAUGUGUACCUGCCAGAUCAACUUUGUGCGCAAGGAGUGCGCCACCGCCUUUCCGGUGAUGUGCGAGGUGCUAGGCAACGAAGUGUUUGAGAAAAAUUUGCUGCCAAUAUUCAUGAAGCUGUGCGAAGACGUCAUAUGGACCGUGCGGAAAGCUUGCGCCGAAGUGAUGCCGUUCAUCGCGCUCCUUUGCACGCUGGAAAAGCGGCGUAAGGUGCUGGUGCCGAUCUACAAGAAGUUCAUGUUCGAUACUAGUCUGUGGGUGAUCAAGGCGGCAUUAAAGAACUUGGGCCGAUUCAUGGCCACCUUCGCGCCGCUGCAGAUACUCGGCCUAGCGUACAACCAGAACCUGGAGCUGUCCAUCGUAAACGCGGCGGACGAGGCGUUCGAGGAGCUGAUGGAAAACGCGCGCCAGCUAACCUACUGCAGCCAGCCGGCGUCCAGCGUGCUGUUGAAGAACUUUGCGAGCUACGAGAAGCGCUUCAAGGACUCGAUCCAACGGCACGCGCUGCUCUCGCUGGUCAAGUCCGACGAGGAGCCGUGGAAGUCGCGCAGCGAGGACCGCAGCAUCAACGUCGAGGCGUACCUGUCGUCGGUCGUGUUCGUCGAGGAGAACAUGGUGCAGCGUCAAUCGACCGGCUCGACGUCGGACGACGGUGGCGGCAUCUCGAAGCUAGCCGACUUCUACUACGUGCGCCACAAGUCGCUCUCGUCCAGCUCGUCCAUUGCGUCCACCUCGCCGACACCGUCGCCGCUGUACCGGGCCAACCAGAGCUACGACGAGAAGAAUCCGCUCAAUCGCUUCAUGCGCUACUGCUCGCCGCUGAAGAACAACUUUGAACAUUCGUUCGGUAAUCCGACCGGCAGCGAUGGGGGUGAUCAAGGGGGCGGCAGCGAUGCGUUCGACAACCACGGCCACUGGGACUCGGAGGAUGAUAAUUUCGCGUCGCACCACCUGCCCGACCUGAGCCUGGGUAUGGAAAAUGCCGGCCUGGGCGGGCCGGACGAUGACCCUGGCACGAGCGAUGUGAUCUUCGAUAGCGACAACCCAAAGCACGACGCGGCGGCAGCCAACGGCGCCGGGCCGGACUUUAUCAUGGAGUCGACCGAGGAGGAUGAAAACACGAUCGACGAGUGCUUCAAUUCGCACCAGUUCUGGUACAUCAGUCCGGGGCUGGCUCUCGAUUUGGAGUUUAUCGACACGGAUGCUGCGGAUGGAAGUGGUACGGAUGCAAGCAAUAACAACAACCGUUCGUCGUCGGCUGAUGGUGGUGAUGCAACACAGAAAGCCGCCGGAUCGACCGGUGGCGGCAGUGGUGGCGUUCGGUUGGAGGAGGAUGAUACCCGCAACAAUAACCUCACGCAACGUGCAGGCGCAGCCAACAGCAGUUCCUCGUCCUCUUCGGCCAUGGUAGUGGAGGACAACGAGAACCAGAACGAUAGUGAUUCAAGCUAUGGCAGUAUCAACAACAACGAAUCGGAAAACAAGCUACUCUACAUGUACGACGAUCUGUUGAUGCCGAAAACGCAGUCGUCAUCGAUGGCCGCCGCCGCAGGGUCUUCAUCUUCGUCCGGUGGAAGCGGCGGGCCAGCGGUUACUAACAGUUCUGGUGGUGGAUCCAAUUCAGCCGGCAGUGGUGGAGGCGGCGGCGGUGGUACGUCCGGUGGUGCGGGCGGUAGCAGUAGCAGCACUGCCACACCGACCAUGACCACAGUGGAGCGCAUCCGAGCGGCCGAGCAGCUCAAAACGAUGAUCCGCUGGGAGAACGAGGAGGUCGAGUGGAACCUGCUGGAGGACUUCCUGCACAUGAAGAACGUCAAUAAGGAGCUGUGCCUCGACUGCGCGUACAACUUCCCGGCGGUGGUGCUAACGUUCGGCGACAAGUUCUGGCCCAUCCUCAGCCGCUAUUUCUUCGACCUGUGCGCCGACGUACAGGACUCGGUGCGGCGCACGAUGGCUGCCUCGAUCAGCAAGGUGGCGCUGAUCAUUGGUCGCGAGCAGGCGACGCGCGACCUCGUCCAGUCGUACACCGAGUUUCUGCUCGACUCGGACGACAUCAAGUUCGAGGUGGUGCGCACGCUGGCCGAGUUCCUGAAGGUGAUCGAUAGCUGUGAGCACGAGACGCUGAUGAACCACCUCGGCAUGUGCCUACAGCCUCCGCUCAGCAUGAUGAACUGGCGAUUCCGUGAGCUGGCUGGCCAGCAGAUCGUCGAGCUGGCGCGCAUGCACACGAAGAUCCGGAAGGAAAAUUGUCUGCUCUUCCUGACCGGGCUUUCGCUGCGCCUAAUGCUAGACAAGUACGAUAGCGUCCGCAAGGCGGGUAUUGAUGCGUUUGUGGAAUGUAGCCAUGAGUUUCAGCAAAAUGAUAAGGUGUUUGAGUUCCUCAACAAACACUUUGCCUUCUACAGCGACUGGCGUCGCCGGCAGACGUAUGUGAUAGCGGCCGGAAAAAUGCUCGAGACUGAUCGUGUCGAGGUAAAAAUCUUCCGCAAACAUGUGUUCAACAAUGUACUCAAAUUGGCCAGCGAUUCGGUGCCGAACGUUAGAAUACAAGUCGCCAAGUGCCUCAAGCAAACAAUUGCCCCUCAUCCGAAAUUUGCUAACGAUCCGCAAUUGGAACCAGCGCUGCAGAAGCUGCGCAACGAUAAGGACUGUGACGUGCGGGGGCAUGUGGACGGCUACCAGAGCAUGGAGGAAGAGAUGGCGGCCGAGGCGGCCGCUGCAGCCAGUGGUGGUUUUAAUGCUGCCUUUGGCGGUGGUGGUGGUGCCGAUGGAGGAGGAACUGCUGUUGGAUCGUCCUCGUCAUCGUUCUCUUCCGAGCCCGUUUCGUCGCACCUGUCCUACGCGGAGGUCACGAGCGGUUACCUCGGAUCGGCCAUGUCUUCCCUCGCGCUGGACGAUCACCACGUUCAGUUGGCCGGCGUGAUGCGCAUCCUCAAGCGCAACGAUGGUGGCAACCAGGAAGAACAGCACGAUCAGGAGGUGCAUCUCGUCGAAACGGCUCGAGAUGAUACCGAGGAAGAGCACGAAGUGGAGGAAGAAGGCGACGACGACGGUGACGAUGAAGAGGAGUGCGGUGAGGAGGCAAUCGAACAACCGACCUCUUCCAUGUCCACCGACGAUGAUGCUGCCUACUGCUCCGAGAUGGAAUCGUCAGCUGCCUCAACGCCAUCGGUCGGUACGCUUCCAGUGCCGGCACUGUCCAGUCCCUCAGAAGGAGAGAAGAAGCAGCACGAGGCGGAGGUGUCCGUUACGAACAACGAGCAAAGGUCCGCGGAAGUAGAAGACGGUAACAAUGGCAACAGUAGUAGCAGUAACAGCACGACGUCGUCGCCCAACACCACCACCAGCAGCAGCAGCCAGGUGGUUCCAUCGGCCGGAAGUGCACAAGAUUUUCCCGAACACCUCGUCGUCAAUGGAGAAAGUGGCGAUGGUGCUUCACCAACAACGGCGAAGGGCAAGAAAACUGCUGGAGAUGGCAUAACGGACACCAGCAUUAGCAGCACCGCCGCCAUCACCACCACCAACACCACUCCAACGACCACCACCACAUCGCCCAAGAUGAAGGAUAACUUCUUCCGAAGGCGUUCCAAAGGCAAGAAGUAGUAGGAAUAGAGGGCACAAAACAAACAGAGCGCACUCAUUAAAGUGGUGGGUGCACGUACAGAAGUAGGAGGCUCUGCUGCUCGAUGAUUUCUGCUACCAACUGGGUUUGACGAUCAGCGAAGCGAGGGGAAAAAGUGAACGUUAGCAAUUCGUAUAAUCGCCUAGAAAAACAAUAGGAAUUCAAGAAAAGUAACAUAACAAGAGGAAAGGACCGAAAGGAGUAAUGAAGAGCAGAAAGCUAAAACAUUCAUUCUAUCGACCACCGAAAAAGUAAGACACAGACAGACAUGACGGAAGGAGCAGCAGCAGAGUAGCAAAAGAGAGGGAGAGAGAGAAAAGAGGAGGAAUUUAAAGAACUUGAAAUUAAUUCGUUUUUUUGUUAACUUUAGGAGGGAUAAAAUGAGUAAUUCCUUCUACUCCUAUUCCUGCUUGCUACAUGUUUGAAUGGUGUUU